UUUCUGCUAACCAGUACUUUUCUUGAGCUGCAUGGAGCAUAUAAUCCAUUUGGCACAACAAAUGAAGGUCAAUUUACUUGGGGUAGAAUCAAGAGAUCCCAUACUAAAGUCACUGACGAUCUUUUCCAAAAAUCAACGACUACUGAAGGCUACAUCGAUCAAGGAGCUACGAUAACAAAAACUACAGAUUCCUCAGUAACACACAUAACUAAGACAGAAACAGAAGACUACACACCAGUGUCACAUACUGAAGCACACUAUGAGAGUAAUGAGAUGCCUACGAGAACUCAUUUUAUUCCUUUUCCCGAAAUGAGAAAAUCAUAUCAGUCGAGUUUCACAGUGAAUCCAUUAGCUAACAGUAAUAUAACACUCGUUCAUCCAUUGGAUGCACUUCACGAUUCCUCUGAAUUCCAUAAGCAGCCAUUUGGCAAAGGCGUAGACAAGGAAGACUAUAUGGACAUGAUCACAUUGGCAACAACUACGCGAAGUUCGGGGUCCCCGAAUGAAAGUGUAAACAGAAAACCACUUGCCGAAAAGGACUUGUUGCGACAUCCUUUUGUGUUUGGCUGUUGUCACAAUUCCACGUAUGUGGGUUGUGCCGGUGUCUGCCCGGAGACUUGUCAGUAUCGCUCAAAAUACUGUAUGCCCCUAUGUGGUCCACCGUGUCGAUGUAAACGUGGUUAUGUCUAUAAUAUAGAUGCCAAGGCCUGCACCCUACGCACUGAUUGUCCCAAGGGCAUAGUGCAAAGUCGAAAUGGAGUGUACAGGGUGUUUCUUUGACAGCUGUGCGUUUGUGUUUGUAUGUGUGAGUUAGUGUGAUGUGUGCCUAUAUAUGUAUGUUGUGUAUAUGUUAUACAUAUAAUAAACUGAGAAAGCAAGAUGGAUGGAUGAGGAAAAGCUGGUUGAGGGAAGCGGGAGCUUAUGGAUAAACAAUAUGUAUUCCUACUCACUCCAUUGAGUUGCUGGAAAUGCAGCUAACGGUCAUGUCGGCGCAACCUUCAUCACUUGGCGAUACAUCGGAUUGGGUCUGUGAAUCGCUGGGUUGAUCACUCUUAUUGUAGCGUCCUAUAGAAAGAGACAAAAAUGUAUUGAUCAUCUCAAUAAACCUCUGCGUAUAUAUUGA